AGAUUGUAGCAUUUUCUGUAUGAAAGGCAAGAGAUUGUGUGCGGCAUCACAUCUUCACAUCAUCCUUGUUUCUUGUCACUGUCUCUCGAAGAUAACAAUUUUGUGAAUUCAAUCCACACACGCAUCACAGCACAAAAUCAAGAGCAUCAUGUAGGAGAAAGAAAACAACACAAAACGAAGCUUCCAGGCUAUCUCCAUUUUCUUUUUUGAUCGUAUUUCAUUACUAAAUUGAAAGCUAUUCCAUUUCAUCAAUCAAGUUUUUGUUUUGUUCGAGUUUAAAGGGACAAUCGAACGACCUCACGAUGAAAGGGCAAGAUGAGGAGAGGAAGAAAGUUCAGUAGAAAAGAUAUAAGAUCUGCUAUAAUAAACUAGAAGGAUUUAAAGAUGGGAACAGUGUCAGAUCGAACGGCAAUGGCUUUUAAGUCGUAUCAAAAUAAGGCUAAUGUUCUGGUUAAGGACUACAUAAUCUCAGAGCCUUUUAUUCCAUAUUCUUCAGUCCUUGGUGGUUUAUUUGCUUGCAAAGUGGUCUAUGAUCUCACUCAGUUAAUUAGCACCUUUUACUUGAAGAGUUAUAAUGGUCUUACAAAACUUCAACGAAUAGAGUGGAACAAUCGCGGUAUCUCUACAAUUCAUGCCACUUUUAUCUCAGCUAUGUCAGUGUACUUUGUGUUCUGGUCAGAUCUCUUUUCCGACCAACAAUUAGAUGGUCUUGUUAUUUUCAGAAACUCUCCUCUCUCUACUUUUGCAUUAGGGGUUUCUGUUGGGUAUUUCCUUGCGGAUCUUGGAAUGAUUUUAUGGCUAUAUCCUUUGUUAGGGGGAAUGGAGUAUGUUAUUCAUCACUCUCUUUCCGGUAUUGCAGUAGCCUAUUCUAUGUUUUCUGGAGAAGGGCAGCUUUAUACGUACAUGAUCCUCAUCUCUGAGGUGACAACUCCCGAGAUUAAUAUGAGAUGGUAUCUUGAUACGGCUGGUAUGAAGAGGUCCAAUGCAUAUCUCAUUAACGGCGUAGUUAUCUUUUUCACUUGGCUGAUUGCAAGAAUUCUGCUGUUCUUUUACAUAUUCAACCAUGUAUACUUGCACUAUGAUGAGACUUUCUCUGUUCAAUCCACUAUCCUUUCUGUCAUUUACCUGUUUCUGGCUGCACUCUCUUCUCUCAAUUUAUCCGUGAUCAGAUUAGGUUUGUGACUGGAAGUGAGACAGGGUGAUAAGGAGAGAAAGUAGGCCAUGAGGAGAAUAGAGAGGAAAGCAUGGAUGUAAGGAAUUAUGAUGCAAAAGAACAUGAUAUUUAGUUAUUUAUUUUGAUAUAUCUCUCCUAGCAUUAAAAGUAUUGAUUACAUUAUAUAUUAACCAUAUCAAAUAGCUAUAUAUAUUGAUCACAUCAACUAAGUUAGGUCUUGCAUGGUGGUUAGAUCAAAUGAAACCAAUCACAAAACUUUAAGGACCAUAGAUGUAAUAUUUUGGUCUAAUAGCUCAGUUCACUGUCAAGACAUUGUCCUUUUAAGACACAGUUCGUUAUGGUUCUACUUUGAGGCUUUGUAACUCCAAACACAUCUUGACAAUUUAGAAGCUCAAAGGUUAUUUAAUUAGUAUUCUCUUAUAAUUCUCAAGCGAUGUAAGAUGUUAAUACAUACCCAAACAUCUCUCGUGCUUUGUAGAUAUGAAAUUUGCUAAAGGGUGUUACAAUAAACCACUUGAAACUUUAAGUAGCAAACAAAACUGGUUAAGCAAACUUGGAGAACCAAACAGUGUUUUUAAUUUUCAAAUUUGAUAUAAAUUAGAGUAUGUAUUCUUCUUUAAAUCAUCAUGAAUGCCACUAAGCUUAUCCAUGGUAUCCAUAUUGAUUGAUUUUUUAAUUCCUUGCCAUGUAUGUGGCUUAGAGUUUCAUUACCUGUUUUUGACUACUUCAAAUUAAGGUCGAGACGAUUGUAACUAUAAUUUAAACGAGAUUAAAUUACUUUA